AUGAGCAACAACCGUUUCGUGGGAGGCAUUCCUCCCUCAAUUUCUGGAUGUGGAAACCUCGAGUUUCUUGAUUUUCACUCAAAUGCACUCACACGCACUGUGCCUGAUACUCUGCCCAAAAGCCUACAAUUAAUGGAUAUUUCGGAUAACAGGCUCACUGGUCAAUUGUCACCGAGUAUUGGUUCACUAACUGAAUUAACCAAACUUAAUCUUUGGAAGAAUCAAUUUUCGGGCAGAAUUCCGGCAGAGAUCCUAUCCUGUAGUAAGCUAGAAUUACUAGAUCUCGGAGACAAUGGUUUCUCAGGUGAUAUACAUAAAGCAUUUGGGCAACUUCCAUCACUUGAAAUUUAG